GUCUCAAAGAGAUAAAGUUUUACUCGACCUAAAACGAGGUUGCGGAGGCAACAGAUGCGCGUGAGGGAGAAGUAAAUAACUCGCUGCAGAUAACGCUGUAGUCUCCACCAAAAAUGUCGCUGGUCUCCGUCACAGAGAUAGCUUUGCAUCUCAAGGACUUCCGCAAUGUAGACCUCUUUCACCAAGGUUUGUACCGAUUGCAUGCGAUUGCUUACCAGGUACCAAUCUUCACGUUCCUUUCAGGACAGGCCUUUUAUUACUUAACUAUGUAUCUAUAUGCAUCCAUUUCUUGUAUCAAGUUCAACAAGUUGUACAUGUAACCGAGCACUGAAACGUGAACAAGUGCUUGGCUCGUUGCUUUUUCUUGUACUAGGGUAGCACACUCAGAACAGUUACAAAGUGAGCACUACACUACAAGAGCGGCGCCUCGUACUGAAAAGUGAUCCUUUGGCGCAGUUCUUGUAGUGUAGUGCUCACUUUGUAACUGUCGACCUGAAUCCAUCUCAACACCAGGAACCCUGUCCCGGAGUCGUCUCAUACGCUACCUGUGUACGACUGUUAGACGGCGGCGUCAGUGACGUGGAGAAAGUGACACUGCCAUCCCAAAUCUGCACUGGCAUUCACGAGUACGGGAGCUACCUUUCUAGAGCGUUUUUGAUUCGCUACUGCGAGGAAGAGGUAGAGCUCAACGAAGGCGUAGUUUUCCGGAUUGAGCAACAACAGCCCAUUUCAUCUUGUGGCAGCACUUCUAAGAGGAUCAAGAGAAGCAGAGGCGCUAGUGGAGGUGGAGCAAAUGUAAAUCGAUUGGAAGGUGAAUCAGGGGCUGCAUGGGAUUCGAAGGAGCCGACGUCUUUGGCUGAGCGAUCGUCGAGGAGUGAGAGUAGGUGCUAUAGCGAAGAUAAUUAUCCAGCGGCGGUCGAGAAUAACAACGAACAUGCUCCUGUUGGCCGAGGAGGUUCAUCUGUGGAAGAACAAGAAGGUGUCCUUAACCUUAAUAAUAAUGUAGUGAGGAGAUCGCGAUCGGCUUCCGAAGACCACCAGGUGGAGGGACAAAACGCGGAGGAUGACCAGGACAUCAAUGGCAAUCUGAACGAUUAUCCCGAAGAAGAUGAAGACGACGACGAUGAUCUUCACGAAGGAGAGGUCAUUCUCGAGGUCGAGCUUCUCUUCGCGGACCUGACUGCGUUGGGUGGGCCUGAGGUCGAAAAUUUGGACCGCAUAGUGCACGAAUGCGAGUUCAAGAGUGCGAGCCGAAGGAAAUUCAUCCUGCAUCAGAUUAUGUAUCUGGUCAUUCAGGACAUGACCCAUACCUCACGACUAGGUACAUGAAUGAAUGAAUGAAUCAAUUUCAAAUUUUUCUACUCUGUCUUAAGAUCGAUGUGGCACGACCAUGAAAUGUACCUCAGCGGCGGAGUAAAUCUACUUCAUAGCUAGAAGUACAAAAAAAUCCUGUUCAAAAAUGUUCUAUUUGAAAAAAACAUCUCUUCGGCUUAUCUCUAAUUUUCCCUCCUGCGGCAUCCACGAGUACGUUCCUGUCCUCUUUGACGAAUUCCACUUCAGUUUCCUCAAAAUGCACAUCCAUUCAGCCACCUUAGAUGUGCGACGCCGCAUCCGACCAUUAGGCGUUUUGAUGGAUGCGACCGCGGCAGCAGAAGCGAGAGAACAGUUGCUCGAGGAGCUGACGAGUCUUCAGGUGGCAGGAGGAGAUAGUUUGUCAAAUGUUCUUGGUGUGGACAGCAGGAUGAAGGACCCAAGUCGAGUGUCUAAAGGACGUAGGACGUUGUCGAAUCGAUCAACAACAGCACGUGGAGG